GGAGAGGUAGCUGUUCCAAGAGAAUCGCUCCACAAAGCUGGCCCAAAGUGGUCUGGACUCAGUACCUCACCAUAGCAUGUCAGCCAGAGGACCUGCCUGGCCAGGGCUCAGGGUUCACCCCACAAGCUGACGCAGGGCUACUGCAGGGAGAGUGCCUUGGGACCUCCAGCCCUGGGAAGGCAGUUGUGCCCCACUCUGCUCUACCUCCCCGCCUGCUAGGAGUCCGGGGGCGCCUGCAACGGAGUAUUUCGCCCCCGCUGGCAGCUCUCCAUCCUCGCCCACUGCGGACAUGUUACCAUGAGAACCCUCCAGAGGCAGGCAGACGUGUAGCACCGUUAGUGACGUUGGGGGCGGGGCAUAUUGCUUUGCCUUCUUGGGGGCCAAGGCUGAGUGCGCUUUCCUAGGCCUCGGAGGCAGGGUUUCCCUUACUUUUCUGCUAUGAAGCUGUACACACAAUACAGAUUGGUAGCUGAGCAGGUGCUAUGGGGCAUGCAGCUUGGCCUUUUGGACCCCCGAUAUGGAGAAAGGGCCUAUAAUAAAUUAGCCCAGGACUGCACAAUGAGCUGCAGCAACAGGAUCUUGCCAGGCCUAGCGCCUAACGAGGCAGGUCUUACUCUCAGGUCUGACAUCUGUAGCCCAUCAUCUACCAAGCUGGAAUGCUGGAAGGCCCAGUGCCUCUGGCAAGGGGCAGGCAGGGCUAGAAUGGGGAGUGGACCACAUGAAAGCCUUUCCCAAAGGAAGCAGGCGGCGGCGGCAGCCCAGGCUAUUCUGGACACUGGCAGUUGCAGCUGCACUCCAGGCUGAGCAAGCCAUCUGGCUCCCAGGUACCUGCUGAGAUUUUGGCCUCUUCAGAGCCAAAGAGGACAGUUCCUGGGGAAAGGCCAAUGGGGCAGGGAAUGCUCAUCUGCUUCCACCUGGGUCCAACCACAGGCAUGCAUUCUGGAAACUCCCCAAACCCAGAUUCUCUGCCACCAAGCCAAGAUUUUGGGUUCCUUGCAAGGCCCUGCCUGGAAUCCUGCUGGCAGGCUUUUCUUGGUGCAGGGAACCCCUGUUCAGACCCAAAGACUUGUACUUGGGGUCUGCUAUUCGUGACCCUUCACUCUACAUGGCCCAAAUGAGAGCUAGGGCGACCAAUAGUAUCUGGACCCCCCCAUACACCUCCCUUCCAGCGCGGCCCCUUUAAGUGCCACCCUACUAAUCGCCGCUGGGGGCAGCACUGAGCAGCCAGGCCAGAAUCAGAGCUGCUGCCUCCAACCUUCUGCCGGUACCGGCUAUAUAGCGGGCCAGGUACACAUCGGAACCGACUUGGGUUAUGCAUUCUACCUGGGCUCAGCUCGUGGAGAAAUAACCAGGCUGCAUGGACUGUGAGGUUUCUCCUGCGGGUACUUCUAACACAGAUAUGGAUCCAGCACCAGAAGCCCUGACCAAGACCUGCAGCCAGGGCUGCUCCAUCCCCCAUGCCCCAGGGCAAAACCCCCGAAAGGCCGAGUGACUGGAGCUGCCAGCCUGGGGACGUCUUUUAAGAUGACCCGCACGGACCCGCCGGACUUGCUGGUGUCGACCGUGUACCAGGACAUCAAGGUGGUGGCCCCAGGGCUCACGUCCAAACGCCAGCCAUGUGAGCGAUCCGUGACCCGGCCAGCUGCGCCCGCGCCUUUCAACAAGCGCCACUGCCGUAGUUUCGACUUCUUAGAGGCACUGGACGAGCCCACCAUGGAGACGCACCCAGAACCGCCACCUCCCGAGCCCGCCCCACCGCGUGCCCGGCCCCGAGACAGCGAGUCUCGGCGCCGCACCCGUUCCAAGAGCGCACCCCGUGCGCCCCAUGGCCUGGCGCCCGCUCCAGCUUCACCGCCGGUACUGCAGCGCAGGGGCCGGGAAGCCCAGCGCUCGGUGAGGUUGGAGGGGUCCCCGCACCGGGAGCCCUCGUACCCUGCGCUGCGGGCUCUCGCCAACGAGCUGCACCCCAUUAAGCUCCAGCCACAACGGGGCGGCCCCGGACGCAUCGCACCUCUGUGCGCCACCCCAGGCCGCUGUGCGCCGCCGUCCGAACCACCCACAGGACCUGUCCCCCACGUCCGCUGCCGUUUGGACAUCAAGCCGGACGAGGCAGUGCUGCAGCACGCCGCCCGAAGCUCGCGACCUUGCGCGCCCAGCGAGGGGACGCCCUGGGCUCGCACUGCUCCGCAAUUCCAUGGCCUCACAGUUCCAGGGCCCCGCCAUGUGGCCCUGUCACGUACUCCCACCCCUAGUGACUUAUACUGUACCGACCCCAGAGCAGUGUACUGCGACGGGCCGCUGCCUGGGCCCCGUGACUACUUGGAGCACCGCAGUCAAGCCUUCACAACGCCCCCAGGUCCCACCCAAUUUUUCUACACCGAGGAACCUGAGGGCUACGCAGGCAGUUUUACCGCAAGCCCGGGCCUUCCCUUUGAUGGCUACUGCUCCAGGCCCUACGUGACCGAAGAACCCCCCAGACCCAGUCCAAGGCGUGUGGGCGGCUACUAUGCUGGGGAAGUACGCACGUUCCCGAUCCAGGAGCCCCCCUCCCGCUCCUACUACGGGGAGACACCUCGAGCCUACGGCCUGCCUUUCGUCCCCCGGUAUGUCCCAGAAGAGCCCCGGGCACACCCCAGUGCCCGCACCUUCUACACAGAGGACUAUGGGAGGUUCCGUGAACGCGACGCAAUGGCUCGGACUUACCCGCAUCCGCGCAGCAGCUCAGCCUGGGCUGAUUGGGGUCCGAGGCCUUACCGCACCCUUCAGGUGGUGCCUCCUCCCGCCCCUGGACCACUGUUGGCCUCGUGGCAUGGUGGCACCGGCACAAGCCCGCCUCGGCUGGUGACAGAUAGCCGCCACUACUCUCGAUCCUGGGACAACAUCCUGGCUCCCGGUCCUCGCCGUGAAGACCCUUUAGGACGCGGCCGCAGCUAUGAGAACCUGCUGGGACGCGAGGUUCGGGAUACGCGGGGUUCAUCCCCAGAAGGCCGGCGCCCACCAGUCGUCGUGAACCUGUCCACCUCACCCAGACGCUAUGCAGCACUGUCGCUGUCCGAGACGUCACUCACAGAGAAGGGCCGUGGUGGAGAAAGCCUGGGCCGCAACUGGUACAUCACGCCGGAGAUCACCAUCACCGACAACGACCUGCGCUCAGUCGAGCGCCCGACUGCUAGGGGCUGGGAACUGCCUGGAGGCCGACCGCGGCAGCCGGCACCCACGGUCCCCGAGGGACCUGCCUCCAGCCGCCAGCGCAGCCUCGAGCAGCUGGACGAGCUCAUCACCGACCUGGUCAUCGACUCACGGCCACCGGGCCAGGCCCCGGAGCCUGCCGCCGAAGGUUUAGGCCGCCAACUGCGCCGCCUGCUGGACUCACGGCCUGUGGGCCCUGGAGGAGCAAAGGCGCUGGCGCCGUCGCGCUCGCCCCCAGCCUCGGCUGGCAGCAACGAGGAGCCCACCGGCUCGGGGGAGGCAGCCGACGCUUCCCCGGAGCCCAGCGCAGACGAGGACGACUUGAUGACCUGCUCCAACGCGCGCUGUCGGCGGACGGAGACCAUGUUCAAUGCCUGCCUCUACUUCAAGUCAUGCCACAGCUGCUAUACCUACUACUGCUCGCGUCUGUGCCGCCGGGAGGACUGGGAUGCGCACAAAGCGCGUUGCGUGUAUGGCCGCGUGGGCAGCGUGUGCCGCCACGUGCUGCAGUUCUGCCGCGACAGCAGCCCAGUGCAUCGCGCCUUCUCGCGCAUAGCACGCGUCGGAUUCCUGUCCCGCGGCCGUGGCGUGCUGUUCUUGGGCUUCCCAAGCCCGGGCUCUGCCGACAACUUCCUACGCUUCGGCCUGGAAGGGCUACUGCUGUCGCCCACCUACCUAUCACUGCGUGAGCUGGCUACCCAUGCGGCGCCCCUGGGGAGCUAUGCACGAGAGCUGGCGGCGGCCGGGAGGCUCUAUGAGCCCGCGGAGUGCUUUCUGCUUAGUGUGUCGGUGGCCGUAGGCCCCGGCGCUGCACCUUCCGGAACCGCUGCCCGGCCAGCGCCGCGCAGCCCUGGGCCCACCGUGCGCAAGUUCGCCAAGGUGGCCCUGGCCGCCGGCAGCCCGACGCGGCCUCCUCCUGCGCGUGGUGGAGAGCCAGACAUGGAAACGCUGAUCCUAACGCCACCUCCAGGCACUGCGGGCCUGGACCAGGAGGGUGAGGCCGGCCGGCGUGCGCGUGAAGUGGCCUUCAUCCACAUCCAGCGUGAACUGCGACUGCGCGGCGUCUUCCUCCGCCAUGAGUUCCCACGGGUCUACGAGCAGCUCUGCGAGUUCGUAGAGGCUAACAGGCGCUUCACGCCCACCACCAUCUAUCCCACGGAUCGGCGCACUGGCCGCCCCUUCAUGUGCAUGAUCAUGGCUGCUUCCGAGCCACGAGCACUCGACUGGGUAGCCAGUGCCAAUCUGCUAGACGACAUCAUGUGAGCUAGACGACAUCAUGGGAUGUUAGGCCCAGGUCCUGACCAGAGCCCUGCCUACUCUACUCAGGCCCUGCCUGAUCCAUCAAGACCGCCCCCAGAAUCUGAACCACCUGGUUCAGCGCCCUGCCAAGUCCCCCGGAGCCUCCCUCAGUCUUCUACAAAGUCUCUGCCCUGAGAGCUCCACCCACUCCAAACCUCUAACUUCACCUAGGAGCCCGCCCCCGCCCCACCCCCGCGGUCCUGUUUCCCAUCAACGGCUUCUUUUCCUUCCUAUUCUCAGCCAGACCACCCAGAUCCCACAUCCUGGGCUCUCCCCCAGUCAGCCAGGGAGAGGGGGCUCCCCAAGAGCCCGGUCCUCGCCCUCGGUGCUCCCCGCUGGGAGGUGGGGUGGGCCUGAGGACCGCUGGGCUCUGCCUUCUAGUGGAAGGUUCCUACUACAUACAUCCCAUGGGGACAAACUUGAUACACAUUGUGGGUGCUUGCUACAGCUCCCGAACCCUAGAUUCAUCCCCUUUCCUCCUAGUCCAGAAGUUCAUGUUGACCAAAGCCUAAUGUCCUUACUGUAAGCACUCCCCUAACCCUUCUCCUGUGUCGGGGGGGGGGGGGGGGUGUCAGGCUCAGAGGCCUAGUCCUUGUGCAUCCGUACCCUGUUGAGGCAAUGGGCAGGGCGGGCACCACACACUAACAGUGCUGCCUAUCCUGGGCUUCUCUCACCUCUGGCCACCUUGGUCUGGGCCCUUGCAGAACCAGUUGGAAUACUGGGGGGGGGGGUCUUCAGGCCAAGGCCUAGGCACAAGCCACCCAGCCAGAGGGGAACCUGAGCAGGGGAAGCAGAGUGUGGGUAGUGGGCAGGCCAGAGUCAAAACUCUGACUGGGCAAGGGUUUGAAUUCGCUCACACCUACUCAACAAGAUGGCCCUAAAAAUCCACCUUCCAAAGAAGAUGGAAGCUCAGGCCUUAAUCUCCCAGGGAGGUGGGAAGCGUGUGCUAAUGAAUUAGCAGGGGACCCUACAGAGAGCAACACCUACCUGCUGACUGACUGGGGAUGAAUAAGGAACAGGGGCUGGCCCUAAUUAGGAACUGGUUGGGGUGCAGAGUAGUGAGCACCAGGUGUGGGCGCCGUUAGGGAGCCGGUACUGAGGCCUACCCUGAGUCCAACCCUAUGCACAAACGUGCCGCAUACACGCCCUGGCUGAGCUCCAAGCUGAGAGUAGAAACCAAAGCCUGAGGCCUAGGCAGCCCUGGGCCCCUUGCUGGACCCGUGCAGGCCUAACUGCACUCGGGUCCGCGCCCAGGGCUCCGUGGAGGGUGUGACCCAGAGAGGCUUGAGACCAGAAGCUGGACAAGUGCUCUCUAGGAGCCCGCAGCCCCUUCGGAGGCAGGGGAGGUCAAGUGCGAGAGCCUGGGACAAUUCCCUGCAGCGCGCGCGGCGCGCAUGCGUCCCUCCCCUCCCUGCUGUGUGCCCCAUUGCCGCUCUUGCAACACUUGCUGCCGCUCAGCCUGCCGCCCUCCCCAGGGGCUCCACUUUCCUUCCUGCGGCAGGCUGGCAACAAUGCCCCUGGCCAGAACUCGCCCAUUUCUAAAGGGCGAGUGCUUUCGAACCAAGUAAAAUAGAACUUGAAUGUA